GGGAAAUACAGCAGUGGAAAAGCAAGCACUGAUGCUUGUGCUGAUUUGCAGAGUGAGAAUGUUAAUAUGCGUCUGUAUCUUUUCAUUUCCCCCAGAUCUGAUAAACUGAGCACCACAGGCCCCAUAAAUACUAUUUUAUAUGAGCCUGUGUGUGAGAGUGUUUAAAGAGUGCUUUCGUGAAGGGAACCCCAGGGGUGACUGCAGGGACUGAGCAGUUACAAAGGCUUGUCUUUUUCCAGAAGGGAUAAACCAAAAACCACUAUUUAUCUUCAAGAUUGCACUUUUUUGUUCUUCUAAGACCAUAUCUCAAGUGUCCUGCAGGUACUACGGACAGAAGUCCCUCUUUCUAUCUUUUUUAGUAGAUCGCAGCUUCCAUACAGGGACUUUGAGUUGCCUAGUCAUUGAGGAUGAAGUGGAACUUGUUUAAGAAUAAGCCGGAGGCCAUGGUGGGUCCAGAACCCACGGGCACUGGCGCUACCAUGACGGCGGCUCCGGCCGUCGCUACCACCGUGGCGGAGACCCCUGGCAACGGCACGGAGUCCAAAAAUGACAUAUUCGAAGAGAUCAAGAGCAAGUUCUUGAACCAGAUCGACAAGAUCCCACUGCCUUCAUGGGCCAUCAUAGCCAUCGCUGUGGUCGCGGCACUUCUCAUCUUAACCUGCUGCUUCUGCAUCAUCAAGAAGUGCUGCUGUAAGAAGAAGAAGAACAAGAAGGGCAAGAAGGGCAAGGACGGGUUCAACAUGAAAAACAUGAAAGGGGAUGAGAAACAGGAUGACGACGACGACGAAGGUGAGACAGGUUUGACGGAGGAGGAAAAAGAGGAAGAGGAGAAAGAGGAGGAGAAGCUGGGCAAGCUGCAGUACUCACUGGAUUACGACUUUCAAGACAAUAAGCUAACGGUGGGAAUCCUCCAAGCUGCAGAUCUUAUCUCAAUGGACAGUGGAGGCACUUCUGACCCUUACGUCAAGGUCUAUGUCCUGCCCGACAAGAAGAAGAAGUUUGAUACCAAGGUUCACAAGAAAACACUGAACCCUGUCUUUAAUGAGACAUUUGUUUUCAAGUUACCAUAUGCUGAGCUCGGAGGGAAAACCCUGGUGAUGUCAGUCUUCGACUACGACCGAUUCUCCAAGCAUGACAUCAUUGGAGAGGUUAAGAUCCCCAUGAACACCAUAGACUUGGGACAGCCUAUUGAAGAAUGGAGGGAUCUGGAAAGUGCUGACAAAGAGGAGCCUGAGAAGUUGGGCGACAUCUGUAUCUCUCUCCGUUACGUGCCCACUGCUGGCAAACUCACUGUCUGCAUCCUGGAGGCAAAGAACCUCAAGAAGAUGGACGUGGGUGGACUGUCUGAUCCUUAUGUGAAGAUUGCCUUGCUGCAGGGAGGCAAAAAACUGAAGAAAAAGAAGACCACGGUGAAGAAGAACACUCUGAAUCCUUACUAUAAUGAGUCCUUCAGCUUUGAGAUCCCAAUGGACAUGAUGCAGAAAAUUUUGGUGGUGGUGACAGUGUUUGAUUAUGACAAGAUUGGCAAGAAUGACGCCAUUGGGAAGAUAUUUGUGGGCAGCAAGGCGACGGGCCCUGGUCUGAAGCAUUGGUCUGACAUGCUUGCUAACCCCAGGCGUCCCAUUGCCCAGUGGCAUCCACUACAACAGGAAGAGGAUGUAGAUGCGGCACUUGCAGCUUUAAAUGCAAAAAAGUAACUUAAACGGGCCUAUUGAAUACCAACUAACUCAAAAACCCUCCCUCCCCAAAACCUCCAACACUGCAUGAAACUCAUGAAAUACACAUGACCCAGUCAUGUCUACUUGAAACACCGAACAGAAAUAAAGAAACGUCUAGAAUAUCAGCUUACUCAUAGUUAAACAUGACCACUUUUUCGGCGCCACAGCAUUUCAUGUAGUGUAAAGCAAAGAGAGGGAGAUUGAGUGGUUGAUGGAUGGAUUGGUCUGUGUUUCAUUUCAACAUGCUUUUUAGAAAAAGUUGCUUACGUGCUGACAAUGAAACUCGGAGAAAAGCUCACUGAAAGAGAUGGCAGUCAUGAUGUAGCUUCUGCAUUUAGUUUCUAGAACAUUGUGCAUGUUUUACUUACGCUCACUCUGCUCUCCAUAAGCCAUGCCAAAGCGAUUCCCAAUAGCAUAUACUGUAUCUUGUCCUCAAACUCGUAAAUGUGCCAUAACUUGCAGAAAAUAUUAAUAGUAUGGAAUUGGUCACAAAGAAUAGUUUUAGGUCUACUACUCUAAAGGGGUGUAGGUGAGAUGGUAGGUAUACAUAGAAUAGAAUGUCAUCCAUUCUCUAAUGUCUUUCUGAAGUAAAGGAACAAUGCUAGGAUUAUUCGUUGUUCCAAUUGAAUUUUUAGCGUGUGUAUUCCCAUAAAUAUGAGAGAAAUAAUGUUGCAAGAAUGUCAGUUUACUUUGCAGUUUAUUAUUGCUCUAUCAUGAUUCAUGCCUAUGCAGUUAUGAGCAAGGUCUAGACAGGUAUCAGGUCUUUUAGAGUGAAACACUGUCUGGGACCGGUUCAUGGGUGCCUUUUUAAUCAAAAAAGUUUGUACAUUUGGCGUUCAGCAUGCAGUGAGGGAAACUGUAUGCCUGGCAAAAGUCAUAAUAACCACAGCACAAGGAAACUGUAGAUGUGUCACCAACCUUUUUUGACCACUUGGAUGUAACUGUGAGGGUCUAUACAUGGUUAAGUAAAUAAAUUGUGAGGAAUUCAAAUGUGUUUUCAACCCAUACUGCAAACUGUAUGUGUUGAAAACACAUCUGACCUUUUACAAUUUAAGUCAAAGAUAAAAAACUGUUGUGAAAAGAAAUUAUCAUUAUACCUAAUAUUCAACUAAGACAACAUGACACCAUAUAAACAAUUGUGAAUUUAUUUUUGGCAUUGGUGCUGUCAAGAUGAUAGGGGCAUAUGUUAUAUAAUGGGACCAUCUGCUUGUUACAGCCACUGCUUGUAAAUUGUAAAACACUGCGCAUCUCUUAAAUGACUGAUACAAACAUACUGGAGGGGAUGUUUUCUCAGUUAAAAUGUGUUUGCAUGAAGGCCCAAAGUCUAUUCCUCUUUGCUGAGGAAGACUGUGGGUAUUCAUUUAAUUCCUGUAUGCUCACAUUGUAAUGAUGAACAACUCACGAGUCCUCACAUUGUAAUGAUGAACAACUCAUGAGUCCUCAUAUUGUAAUGAUGAGCAACCGGUAUAUACAAACGCGGCACUUGCUUGAAACAAAUUAGAGUUAAAGUUGGCAUGACUUAUGCUUUGUGCUCGUUUUCAUGACAAUGGCGUUGGCUUUUGCACCACACACACUUAUCAGCAACCUGCUCAGUAUGUUGCCCUUACUGUACGAUGCCAAAGUACUGAAACAUUGUGGUAUUGUCCGCUGUUUUUUCAAACCUGUUUUUCCCAAGGGCGUUGUUCGUUCAGACAUCCUAUGAUUUUGAUGUCCAAGAGGCCAUGUAUAAGAUUAUCCAACGGAAAAGAGGGUGAAAGGUAGAAUACUAAAAGGUCCAUUGAAACUUUCUGUAGUUUGGCCUCCCUCUCUCUCUCUUACUGUAAACAUUAGGCUUUGAGCAAAAUCUGUUAAUACAGCAUGGAUCUAUAAAUAAAAUGUUGUAAAUAGCAGCAUGUUUUAAAGAGGAACCUUACUUAUAUUGUGUAUGUGUUGUUUGUGUCCAAUGUCAUUUUGAUAAUAAAAUGGAGAGAAAAAUAUGCACUGACUGCACAUUUUAUGUAUUCUCCCUUUAGGUUAUGGGACUAAACAUAUGUCUGAAUAGGGUAUGCUGAUUUUAUA